AUGGCAACCUCCGAAUUGAAAUCAAACAGGGCAAUCAAUAACAGCAGCAACAGCACUAGUAACAAUAAUCAUAGUAGCAGUAGUAGCAGUAGUAGCAAGUGUAGCAGCAGUAAAGAGGUAAAUGCCAAUGCAAAUGCUCAUGGUGGAUGUACAGAGGAUUCUGCGCCUGAACCCCACAUACCUAUUGCACCCACAUCGCCAAAUUAUCCACCUUAUGGUGCUACUACUGCUGCAUACAUGGACCCAAAUCAAAAUUAUGAUCCUUCCGCUGAUCCUGCUGUCAAUUACACAACGUAUGUUUAUCCUUUAAGCCCACAAUUCUCUGUUCAGUACUAUCAUGAUUUCUCGAACGGCUAUCAAAGCUAUCCUGGUUCUCCAUCAUUGCAUCCUCAAUCGCCUCCUAUCAAUCCUACUAGUCCACCUUUUAGCCCCAACUUUCAAUAUCAACAAGGUAUAGCUCUCUCACCACCAACUCAUGCUUACAUGCUGCCACCUCACUCUGCUCAGCCUUUCCCUCCUCUUCAUAUCUCUUCACCUGUGUUAAGCGGCACCAGCUCGAUUCCUGGCUCUCCUCCUCAACACUACUUGCCGGGACCUUAUAUUAUCCAAACCUCUCCAGAUAAUAGAAGCAACCACAAUAAAAAGCAUCAUCAUCAACAUCAACCACAACAUCAGCAUCAUCCACAUCAGCAACACAUGCAACAUCAACAUCAUCAGCAUCAAUUACAUCAGCAGCAACAGCAACAAUUGCAGCAACAAUUGGAGGCUGAAGUGAACUCAUAUCACACGCAUAACAUUUAUGUUCGUGGAUUGUCUUCAUCAACUACAGAUGAAUCAUUUUUGGAAAUGUGCCAAGUAUAUGGCAGCAUUGCUUCUUCCAAAGCAAUUAUUGACCAAAAAUCAGGUGAAUGUAAGGGCUAUGGAUUUGCCAUGUUCAAUAAUGAACAAGAAUGUGAGGAAGCGAUCGAGGGCUUGAACAAAGCCGGUCUUCAGGCGUCUUUUGCUCGAGUUGGACAGGAAUCCUUCAGCUCCAAACUUCGCCAUCUUCAGGAUGAGACCUCGACCAACAUUUACAUUUCUAAUUUACCCUUGGAUACAUCGGAACAGAAACUGGAGGAACUGUUCCACCCUUAUCAGACCAUUUCCAACCGCAUUUUGCGCGAUCCGCAAUCUGGUAUGAGCAGAGGUGUAGGUUUUGCCAGAUUGACCGACAGAGAGGCUGCUUCGGCCAUCAUCGAGAGAUUCAAUGGACACACGAUUGAGGGAUCAUCGGCACCACUUCAAGUGCGUUUUGCUGACUCUCCUGCUCAAAAGAAGUUGAAGAAUCAGACAGCCAAACGAAAGAUGGUCAGACCUCGUGAGUUCCCACCCAUGGCAGCAUUCGCCAUGAGACCUAUGAUGCCUAUUACUCCAGAAACCAUGCUGGGCAUUGCGCCUGCUGUUUCGACUUCCACAUCUCUUCAUCAUCUUCCUCAAUAUCACCCCUCACAAUUUGCAGCACACAUUGUACCGCAGCACCAACAGCAGCAGAGACAUCCUGUCAACCAUUAUCCUCCAAAGCAGGAUGAGGAUGAUAAUCUGGCACAAGACUUUGAGAGUAAAAUCAACAUCUCAGAAUCUCCUGCUGUUACAGCUACAACAGACUGA